AAUUUCAUUAUUUCAGUCCUUAUCUUCGAUUAUCAUAUCGAUUCCGUGGAUUUCUCUUGGUUUUUAUGCUGGUUCUUCUCAUGGAUUUUCUAGGUUGUAGCUCAGAAGCUUUUAGUUUUGUGUUCAUUGUCUUAAAAUGGACAGUUUUCUGUUCUUGAUGACCAUUAUAAUGUAGUGAAUAAUUUUGGGUAUUAAUUGGUUAUAAUUGAGGAAGUAUAUCGUAAUCAAAGAUGCUGGUGAUUAUCUUGCUUGGAAUUUCUUCGAGAUUAAAGUUGAAUGUAUAUACGCUUGAUGUUGAAGUUCGUCAUGUCUCUUCUUUGGCCUUUGAUUUAAGGAUUUCGAGUUGUUCUGUUAAUUGGUUCAGGCAUUAGUUAGUGUUAACCUCUGGAAGCAUAGACUUGUUAAGGGGUUAAUUUUAUUCUUUUUUUCUGAUAUUAACUAUUCUACCUGCAAAUUUUCAUGCCUUGUUGAAUUAUUGUUUUGUGUUCUAGUAGUGUUCCACGGCAUUUUGAUUGAAGCUUAAAGAGCAUGAAUGUAUACUUCAGGAUUUUGUCAACGAUCUUUAAUUGAUUAAAUCUCUUAAGCAACAAUUGUUAAGAUGUGAAUUUGCUAUGAAGAAAGCAAUCACUUAGUUGCAAGUUAUGAUAGUAGUUAUUGUUCUUUGUUGUGUAUUGUUUUGUCUGUUCUUAUUGUUCUUUGUUUGUGUAUUGUUUUUUUUUUUACAGGGCGAGUACUAAAGACUGUUGCCGCAUCCCAAAGGUUGUUUCUUUUUUCAGUUUUUGUUUAUUAUUUCGAUAAGAUGGCGAUCAAUCUGACGGCAGGAGCAGUUGAGAAAUUUGCUAAUGGAGAUGCGAGGUCCCAAUUGCAAAUGAUGCCGGUGCUGCGUGUGUUGAAAUCGACGUUUUCUGUGGUUAAAAGACGUGAAGUAGCUGUGUUGUGGUUAACAGACGGCAGGGGCAUGAGAUACGGGCAUCACUUACGGGCAGGGGCAUGACAAGCUUGGUGAAAGAAAAGAUUGUUGAAUCCAGUAGUAUUAUCCGGGUUCUAAUUAUUUUUCGGUGGUGGAUGCUAAAAACAAUAUCUUGCUCAAAGCCUCAAGUUUCUCUUGGAAAGCAUCAAUUCUUCAAAUAAGGAAAUAGAGAUACAACUUCAGCAGACUUCACAAGACAACGGAUGUGAUUGGUUUGCCACAUAUAAGAUGACAUGGCCUCUCUUUCUUCGCAGUCAACCGUACACAUGUUAGGACAUGAAUGGUCCACGUAAUCUAAGAUGACACGAGCUCUCUCUCUCUCUCUAACCUCAGCUCGAGAUGGCUGUAAUUUAAUGGUGUUCACCGUACACAUGUUAGGAAGUGAAUGGUCCACGUAAUCUAAAAAUAACAGUAGAAAUCUCAAAACUCAGCUCGAGAUGGCUCGCGACACGGUGCUGCUUGCGUUCAUCUUGUUAGGAUGUCUUUUUGCGGUUUCAAUUGCGAAAGAAGAGGCUACCAAGUUGGGAUCUGUUAUUGGAAUAGAUCUUGGUACCACCUACUCUUGUGUUGGUGUUUACAAGAAUGGCCAUGUUGAGAUCAUUGCCAACGACCAAGGUAACCGUAUUACACCUUCCUGGGUGGGUUUCACUGAUUCCGAGAGGUUGAUUGGUGAGGCUGCUAAGAACCAGGCUGCUGUUAAUCCUGACAGGACUGUCUUUGAUGUCAAGCGUUUGAUCGGCAGAAAGUUCGAUGACAAAGAGGUGCAAAAGGACAUGAAACUUGUACCUUACAAGAUUGUGAACAAGGAAGGCAAGCCUUAUAUUCAAGUCAAGAUCAAGGAUGGCGAGACCAAGGUCUUCUCUCCUGAGGAGGUCAGUGCCAUGAUUCUCACUAAGAUGAAGGAGACUGCUGAAGCUUACCUUGGCAAGAAAAUCAAGGACGCUGUUGUCACUGUUCCAGCUUACUUCAACGAUGCCCAGAGACAGGCCACAAAGGAUGCUGGUGUUAUCGCUGGCCUCAACGUUGCCAGAAUCAUCAACGAACCCACUGCUGCUGCUAUUGCCUAUGGUCUGGACAAGAAGGGUGGUGAGAAGAACAUCCUCGUCUUUGACCUUGGUGGUGGUACCUUUGAUGUCAGUGUCUUGACCAUUGAUAAUGGAGUCUUUGAGGUUCUCUCCACUAACGGUGACACCCACUUGGGAGGUGAGGACUUUGACCACAGGGUCAUGGAUUACUUCAUCAAGCUGAUCAAGAAGAAGCACCAGAAGGACAUCAGCAAGGACUUCAAGGCUCUCGGUAAGCUCAGAAGGGAGUGUGAGAGAGCCAAGAGAGCUCUUAGCAGCCAGCACCAGGUCCGUGUUGAGAUUGAGUCCCUCUUCGAUGGUACUGAUUUCUCUGAGCCACUCACCAGAGCCCGUUUCGAGGAGUUGAACAAUGACUUGUUCAGAAAGACAAUGGGACCCGUGAAGAAGGCCAUGGAUGAUGCUGGUCUACAGAAGAGCCAGAUCGAUGAGAUUGUACUUGUUGGUGGAAGUACUAGAAUCCCAAAGGUACAACAACUAUUGAAGGACUUUUUUGAAGGGAAAGAGCCAAACAAGGGUGUGAACCCCGAUGAGGCUGUUGCUUAUGGUGCUGCCGUUCAGGGAGGUAUAUUGAGUGGAGAAGGUGGUGAUGAAACCAAAGAUAUCCUUCUUUUGGACGUUGCACCACUCACUUUGGGUAUUGAGACUGUCGGAGGAGUGAUGACAAAGCUGAUCCCGAGAAACACGGUUAUUCCAACCAAGAAAUCUCAGGUGUUCACGACAUACCAAGACCAGCAGACGACUGUCUCCAUCCAGGUAUUUGAAGGUGAAAGAAGUCUCACCAAAGACUGUAGGCUGCUCGGGAAAUUCGACCUCAACGGAAUCCCACCAGCUCCGAGAGGGACCCCUCAGAUCGAAGUCACAUUUGAAGUGGACGCCAACGGUAUUCUCAACGUGAAAGCAGAGGACAAGGCGAGUGGGAAAUCAGAGAAGAUCACAAUCACGAACGAGAAGGGACGUCUGAGCCAAGAAGAGAUUGAGCGGAUGGUGAAGGAGGCAGAGGAGUUUGCAGAUGAAGACAAGAAGGUAAAGGAGAGGAUUGAUGCAAGGAACAGCCUUGAGACAUACGUGUACAACAUGAAGAACCAAGUGAACGACAAGGACAAGCUGGCAGACAAAUUGGAGGCUGAUGACAAGGAGAAGAUCGAAGCCGCGACCAAAGAGGCUCUCGAGUGGCUGGAUGAAAACCAGAAUGCAGAGAAAGAGGAUUACGAUGAGAAGCUGAAGGAGGUUGAGGCUGUUUGUAAUCCAAUCAUCACUGCAGUAUACCAAAAGUCUGGUGGGGCACCGGGCGGUGAAUCAGGUUCGACGGAUGACGACGAUGAGUCUCACGAUGAGCUCUAGACCAAAAAGUCGGAUAUUGUUGACUUCCCAAGUGGUUUGGAAAGAGUAGAGAGACAUAUUAGUUGUUUAUUAAAGUAAAGUUUUGAGCUUUUCAUUCAAAAAGAAAGAGCNGUUUUUUUUUU